AAGUAAGCAUGCCUGUGAAUUACCGGUGACAGAUAAAGAAAAGAAAAGAAAAGAAAGUAGAGAGAGAAUGUGAGAGAGAGGCAUUGGGUGAUUUGGUGGCCUUUAUUCUUCCAAUUUUGGACUUCUUUUUCUAGUAUUUCUUUUGAUUUGUGUGUGGAAUGCGUGCUGUAUGCUUAAGAAUCACAAAAGCGACUCUAUCUCAAGUGUAGAUGACAAUGGCCUUGCUCCUAUGGAAGCAAUGGUGGCUGUAAUGGCUUUGAAUCUGUUGAUGACAAGCACUUAUUGAACCUUGGUCAUACUAUUAAGAAAUGAAACACGGAUCAAAGAGAAAAUGGAGAUCCAUUGUGCCCCUUCGAUUGAAAGGCAGAUUAGUCACCCGUUUUUGUUUGUUCCGCAAGCUGAAGUCAACUAGCUAUGGUCCAGGCAACACACCAGUUUAUCUAAAUGUAUAUGAUUUGACGCCCAUGAAUGGCUACUUUUAUUGGGCAGGUCUUGGUAUCUUCCACUCUGGUGUUCAAGUCCAUGGUGUUGAAUAUGCAUUUGGAGCUCAUGAUUAUCCUACCAGUGGCGUUUUUGAGGUUGAACCUCGGCGGUGCCCAGGCUUUAAGUUUAGGAAGUCAAUAUUCAUUGGGACGACAUGCUUGGACCCUGUCCAGGUUAGGGAGUUUAUGGAGGACCUUUCUGCAAGCUACAAUGGUGAUACGUAUCACUUAAUUGUCAAGAACUGCAACCAUUUCUGCAAGGACAUCUGUCUCAAGGUUACUGGGAAACCAAUUCCAAAAUGGGUUAAUCGUCUGGCAAAAAUAGGUUCAGUCUGCAACUGCAUACUACCUGAUGCCCUCAAGAUCGAGGCUGUGCGGCAUGAUCCUAAUGGUCAACCGUACGAUAGUGAUAAAAGGAGGCUUAGAAGUGCAUUCAGCUGCCUUUCUUCGAUUUCCAUGAGGCAAAAGCAGUUUUCAGCAUCUUCAUUGUUUCUCCAGUAACCCUUAGAAGUCUGCUUACCAUGGGAAUUAAGGCCGGCCUAGCAAUGGCCCCUUGAAGGAAAGAUGAGACUUAUCUGACAUCUGUCACCAUCUACUGAAAACAAGUCUUCUAUAGACUGAAUGGAGAGGGUCGAUUUUGUAUAUCAGCAAGGAAGGCCAUGAUAGGUGGUUCUUUUUCUUUACAAGUUUGAAAAGUGAAAAGCUUGUGGAAUGAUACUCGUCAUCUUUGUAAGAAUGAUUAGAGAUCAUGAUCUCAGCUGUAAUCCUAAGCAACUGUUAUCCAUAUCUGUAACAAAUUUCUAUUGUUAGCGGAAGCUUGAAAUA